CGUCGUUCCCAGAGCUCCUCCCAGGGGGACAACCCCCUGGCGCCAGGGUACCUGCCGCCUCACUACAAAGAGUACUACCGCCUGGCAGUGGAUGCGCUGGCGGAGGGCGGGCCCGAGGCCUACAGCCACUUCCUGGCGACCGAGGGGGCACCCGCCUUCCUGUGUCCUGAGGAGCUGGACCACGUGAGCCGCCACCUGCGGCCGCCACAGUAUGUUGCCCCGGAGCCCCCCGAAGGCAGCCCUCCCAACGUGGACAUGGAUGGCUCCUCGGGCACCUACUGGCCCAUGAACUCAGACCAGGCGGUGCCUGAGCUGGACCUGGGCUGGCCCCUGACCUUCGGCUUCCAGGGCACGGAGGUCACCACACUGGUGCAGCCACCGCCCCCCGACAGCCCCAGCAUCAAGGAUGAGGCUCGGAGGAUGAUCCGCUCUGCCCAGCAGGUGGUGGCCGUGGUGAUGGACAUGUUCACCGACGUGGACCUCCUCAGCGAAGUGCUGGAGGCCGCCGCGCGCCGCGUCCCCGUCUACAUUCUCCUGGACGAGAUGAACGCGCAGCACUUUCUGGACACGGCGGACAAGUGCCGCGUCAACCUGCACAACGUGGAUUUCCUGCGCGUGCGCACUGUGGCCGGCCCCACCUACUACUGCCGCACGGGCAAGUCCUUCAAGGGCCACGUGAAGGAGAAGUUCCUCUUGGUGGACUGCGCGGUGGUGAUGAGCGGGAGCUACAGCUUCAUGUGGUCCUUCGAGAAGAUCCACCGCAGCCUGGCGCACGUGUUCCAGGGGGAGCUGGUCUCCAGUUUCGACGAGGAGUUCCGGAUCCUCUUCGCACAGUCUGAGCCACUGGUGCCCUCGGCCGGGGCGCUGGCCCGCAUGGACGCUUAUGCCCUGGCUCCAUACUCCGGGGCCGGGCCCCUGAUGGCCAGUCAGAUGCCCGGGGCGCCAACUCCUUUCUCCUUCCCCAAACGAGCGCACCUCCUGUUCCCACCGGCCCGGGAAGACGGGCAGGACAGCUCCCCCGUGGAUGCGCCCCAAUCGGAGGCAAAAGGGAACCCCACCUCAGCCUACCCGGAGCGGAAGGGGAGUCCCACUCCUGGGUUCCCCCCGCGCAGAGGCAGCCCGACCGCAGGAUUCGCUGAGCGCCAGGGGAGCCCCACCUCCGUCUACCCUGAGCGCAAGGGCAGCCCAGUGCCCCCCGACAAGUGUUCAGCGAUCUUCCGCUCAGACAGCCUGGGGGCCCAGGGCCGGCUGAGCCGCACGCUGCCCGCCAGCGCCGAGGAGCGCGACCGGCUGCUGCGCCGCAUGGAGAGCAUGCGCAAGGAGAAGCGCGUGUACAGCCGCUUCGAGGUUUUCUGCAAGAAGGAGGAGGCCGGCGGAGGCGCAGGGGAGGGCCCGGCCGAGGAGGACGCCCGGGACAGCAAGGUGGGCAAGUUUAUGCCCAAGAUCCUGAGUACGUUCAAGAGCAAGAAGUGA